AUGAGCGCGCGUGGCCUGGUGACGCUCGCAUCGCGGCUGUCGAUCGAGGACAUUUGCGCUGUAUUUCUCCGACACGCCCUACCGAAGGCAACCGCCGCCUCGGCAGACGGGCGCUACGCCGGCAGCGGCAAAUGGCUUGCGCCGCAGCUGCUGCUGAGCCAUUGGCCCUCGAAUGGGUCGCCAAACACCUGCAGUCGCGGCAUCAGCAGCGCGUCCUCGCUCGAAGGAGACACCAGCGCGCCCCCCCGCCAAACGCAGCAGCACCAGGGCGACAUCCCGCAGGUGGCGGCCGCCGACGACGCCGCCGACCUCUCCUUUUUUGAUGAGCAGCCCGAGGUGGACCAGCUGCGCACCACGCAGCUCGGCAGUGGCUCCUCGGACGGCGGCUGCAGCGGCGACGGCGGCGGCGGCGGCGGCAGCGGCGGCAGCGGCGGCGCGGCGGAGGAGGGCGCCGGCAUCGACGCGAGCCUGCGCGCCGCGGCGCGCGACGUCGCGGCGUCGGUCGCCGCGCGCGCGGGCCCCGACGCGCCCCCUGAGUUGUUUGGCUGGCGGGGUGCACUCACGCGCGGCGACGAAGCGGAGCUCGACAACCAGUCAGAUCUAAUCCAGCAACGGGGCGAGCUGGGCAAGCUCGCACGCAUCGUGAGGGUAAAACGCGGCUCGCAGCGCAGCAGCGCCGAAGGCGGCGACGAUAGCAGCAGCAACAGCAGCAGCCUCGAUGGGAGAGAGCGCGUUUUGCAGCGGCUAGGCCAGCUCAACUGCCAAGAGGUCGCCUGGGCGGCGCUCGACGACGCAGACAUAGAGCAUGUGGAAAGGAUCUCUUCGGACGACCCGAAAGAGGUGCGGCGGCUGCUGGCUUUGGAAGUCCGCAAGGCUCGGCGGCAGGCGGCGGAGCAAAAGCGGGCGGCGGCGGGCGGCAAGGCCCGGCGGCGGAAGGCGGCUGAGGCGGCGCCCGGCUCAGCAUCAGCUCCCGGCGCCGCUGCAGCUGCCAGCGCCUCCGAGCUCGCGGCGGCCGACCCGCCCAGCCCGGCGGCGGCUGCCCACUCUGCUGAUGAGCCAGCCCCAGCGGCCCCGGCCGGGGACCCUGCCGCAGCCCAACCGGCUGGCACCCCUCCGGCCGACGCCGCCGCCGCGGCCAAGCGGGGAGGCGCGGCGCCGAUGGGCCUCGGCGCAUACGCUCGGCAGCGCACCCUGGUGCUGCAGACGAUGACCAAGGUCCAGCUCGCCCAGGCGUGCGCGCGGCGCGGCCUGGAGUGGCGCAGCAGCCCGUCGCAGCGCCCGCGCGGCGGCGGCGAGUGGGAGUUCAGUAGACACGCCCUGCCCAAGGCCCAGCUGGUGGCCGCGAUCCUGGAGGCCGAACUGGAGGGCAUGCAGGGGGUGCUGCAGGGCAGAUGA